CGAUUAGAAGCCUAAGUAUCUAAAACUUAUUUUCCGUACACAAUCUUUUUAGUUCAUCGAGUUAUUAGAUUCUAUUAAACUUCCCCUCUGUCACGUCUCCAUAACGAUGUAGAAGGGCUCUUUGACUAUCCGUACUUUGUGAGUGGCGUAAGUCUCUGAUAAGCUGCGCCGCGUUACAAAUUUCUUUUUCCCCCAGCGCCACCAACUUAACCACGCCUUUACCGAUCUUUGGUGCAACACACCAGUUCUAUAUUUCUCCUUCGUAUAUACUCGUUCCUUACUAGUCCUAAUUUAUUACUUCCCUGCUACUUGUUAUGUGCUGCUGUCUCACCGAUUGCCUCCUCGUGAUCAUUGCGAUCUUUUUCCCACCGUUCCCCGUGUGGAUCAAACGUGGUAUCUGCUCUGCCGAUUCCUUGAUAUCAAUUUUAUUGUGUUGCCUUGGUUACUUUCCUGGUUUGAUCCACAGUUGGUAUAUCAUUUCGCGAUACCCUUCGGGGGUCCGGUACCUCCUUGUGGACGAAGAGCAGAUAUUGUAUGUUUCUGGAGGUGAAAUCCGCGCUCACCAGAAUAAUCACAGCCACAACCACACCCACGUAAACUGCCAGCCACCACGCCAGACUCCGAUCGUCGGUUUUGUUGAAACGGGACCUAGCGGCAUCCAGUAUGGGGCGACAGACGAGUCUAUUCCGCCGCCUGAGUACACCCCUGUGCCCGCAGUUAAGAAAACAUGAGAUGGCCCCUCGAUUAUUGCCUAAACACUGUCCGUUAUUAGCCUGAGCCGGUGGCCCCGAUCCAUACCGAAGCUGUACUUGGAGCCAGACGUCUCACAGACCAUCACUCAGGUUCAAACUGAUCCUUUGACUAGGGAUUUGCACUAGUCGUCGAUUUGUUAAUGUGCAUGAAUAAAGGAGUUAUGUGGGGGGGGGUGUUCCAUCCUGUAGCCCUUUGUCUCUAUUCAUCUACUUAUAUUCGGUUUUACUUUUUAAAAUUCCAAAAUAAAAGUUAUUUAACGGUUUUCUUGCAUU